AUAUAGAAUAAUGCACUGAUGACUUAAUUUGCCAUUUACAAGGGCGUUACUGAUGUCCACAGUAGUCAGUCUCCUGCCCAUGGGCGUUAUAAAGGGUAAAGGUUAAUUAGUUAGGGAAGAAAUUUGAUCAGGGGCGGGCAGUUAAAAUUUGAUACUCAGACAGGUAAUUCAAGCAUUCCCUAUUGUCACCUCAAUCAGACCUAUAUAAAUCGUCUCUGACGGACACCAGUCACCGCAUAGCCUUACUCGUCUCUUUUGGAUCAACGACCGGGCAAGAAUCUCAACGCGGAUUAAAAUGUCGCUCUCAUCUAUCCUUUCCGCUGAUGCCAUAGACGCUGCUAUGAAGGACUGCCAAGCACCGGACUCCUUCAACUGCAAGAAGUUCUUCCAGCAGUGUGGCUUGACCAAAAAGAGUCCCGCGGAGGUGAAGAAAGUCUUCGGGAUCCUGGACAACGACGCCAGCGGCUUCAUUGAGGAGGAGGAACUCAAAUUCUUCCUCCAGAGGUUCAACCCCGGGGCCCGUGUCCUGACUGAAAAAGAGACCAAGGCCUUCAUGUCUGCUGCUGAUGAUGACAGCGACGGCAUGAUUGGAGCAGAUGAGUUCCAGGCCAUGGUCCUAUCCUGAAUACCUGUACAACACCCUCCAUACCUCUUUCUCCUCACCCCACUCCAGCGCUAGGAUUUACUUUACUUUUCCAUCUGUCAAUCUAUUUGGAAACAUUUAUUCUUUUUUUGCAAGCCUCCGGUUCAGACUACCUACAACUCACUGAUUUUUAUUUUUGCUUUUUGCAUACGUUUUAGACAGGUCAUUAUAUUAUUGCCCAAAAUGUAUCACUUACCAAAUUACUGAGAAAAUAAAAUAAUAAAAUGCAUUCUAAAAUCUC